AUGGCUGGGACUUGUGGGCGCCGCGCGGGGACGCCCCGGGCACUGGUCACGGCGCUCGCCUGCCUGCUCCUGAGCUGCCCGGGGCUGCAGGGACAGCUGCCCUCGCCCGGGACCGAGCCCCCGCGGGCACUCUACCUGCCCGCCCCGGGGGCACUCGGCGGCGGCAGCCUCGACGGCCCCAGCGUGCUGAUCGCCAACCCCGGGCUCCGGGUGCCGGCCGGCCGCUCGCUCUGGCUCGACCCGCUCCGCGACCUGGUGAUUCGAGUGCGGCCGGGGGACCGCUGCGAGGUGACGGUGCGGGACGCCCGGCCGCUGCGCCUGGGCGCGCUCUCCCCGCGCCGCUUCCCCUGCGCCUUCGGGCCCCGGCAGGUCCAGUACACUCACUUCGGCUCCCGCGGCCCCGGGCGCGCCCGGGUGCGGCUGCAGCUGCGCUACGACGCCCCGACUUACACGCUGGCGCUGCCCUUCACGCUGGCUGUGGACGUGGUCUUCUCCCAGCCCGAGCUGGUGACGCGCAACAGGCCUCUGGCGGUGGAGAGGCUGCGGGGCUGGAGCCCCGCCAUCGACAGCAGAGUGCUGGACUUCGCAGCGCCGGAGUCCUGGGCCGAGGCUCACAGGUGCCGGCUCACGCCUCUGCCGCCCGAGGGCGGCCCACUGCCCAAGUACGGGCAUCUGGUGGACGCCGCGGGAGCCCCUCUCCCCAGAGGCCAGAGCAUAGACUGCCAGGCUUUCAUCCGGGCUGGGGUGCGCUACCAGCACACUGCAGCCACCCCCUCCCCUGACCGGGACUACGUGCCCUUGGUGGCCGAGCUGCUGGGCCCGCUGGACCAAGGCGCAGGGCCCACGGAGGCGCUGCUCCGCGAGCACUUUCAGCUGCAGGUGAGGAUCCGCCAGGGAUCUCAGAACACAGCGCCGAGGCCAUGCGCGGAGGCCCAGAUGAUGAUGGAGGUCGACCAGUUCCAGCUGACUGCCCUGACGUCUGAAGCUCUGGCGGCGGAGGACCUGGAGUCGGGCCCUGAAGACCUGGUCUUCCACCUUCUCAGCGCCCCCACAGGCACAUCCGAGCACCUGGGUGGCCAGGGCUGCCUGGUCAGCACGGACGACCCCCUGGGCCGUCCAGUCUCCUCCUUCACCCAGCGGGAGCUGCAGGAGCUGAAAAUCGCCUUUCAGCCCCCGACAGAGAAACUGGAUGAGGAGCGCCUCUUCCAGCUGGACCUGCAGGUGGUGGACGGCGACGGGGCCACCUCUGCCCCCUUUGCCUUCGUGGUGGUGGUGAAGGCCCUGGACGCCACAGCCCCCCGAGCCACCUACGUGGGAGGACUGCUGCUCUUUGAAGGUCAGUCGAGGCCGCUGUCCAGCCAAGGCGGCCUCCAGAUCAGUGACGGAGAUAACCUGGAGGAGGUGGAAGUGACCGUGGUCGGCGGCUUGAGGCACGGACAGCUGGCGGUGCUCGGAGCGCCCGAGGGGUGCAAACACUUCACCCCUGCAGACCUGGCCGCAGGCCGAGUCGUGUACCGCCACGACGGCAGCGACACCUCCAGCGACAACAUCCUCUUCAGGAUGGACGAUGGGCGCCACCAGGUGGAAUUCCUCUUCCCGCUCAGCAUCAUACCUGUGGACGAUGAGCCACCCAUCGUGGAUGCCAACGCCGGGCUCUCGCUGACAGAAGGGCAGUUGGUCAGGAUCACCCCCUUUGUGCUGAGCGCCACAGACGUUGACUCCGAGGACUCCACCAUCCGCUUUGUGCUGGAGGACCAGCCCUCAGAGGCGACACAGGAAGAAGAGGGGUGGCCGCUGGCCCCCGGCUCCACCCACUCCCGGCAGCCUCCGGGGGAGAUGCUGCUGAGGCAGGCGGAGCCGCCGCUGUCCCCCGGGGACUGGGACUAUGUGGAAAGAGAAGGACUUUACGAGAAAGUAGUGACUGAGUGGCUCCAGCAAGACAUAAUAAGAGGGAGACUCUUCUUCCGCCAUCUUGGGCCCCACAGCCCAGAGUCUAGAACGGCCCAGCUGACUUUCCGGGUGCAGGAUGACCAUGACCCACCUAAUCUAUCCCGCCAGCACUUUUUCCCCAUCAAGGUCCAACCCCUGGAUCUGCAGAGUCCAGAGCUGUUUCCAGGAACUACCCUAGAAAUGACCGUGCACCAGUACCAGCUCACUCCCUUCCAGAAGGACUCCCUCCAAUACACGGACCAGGACUCGGACAACCAGAGCCUCCGCUACACCCUCCUGACACCCCCAACUGACACCGACGGCAGCUGCCAAGUCCACGCUGGAGAAAUUGUGUUCACCGAUUCACCAGACACGCCCAUUUUGCACUUCACCCAGGUCCAGGUCAAUCAUCUCAAAGUGGCCUACCAGCCCCCCAAGAAGCUGGGUAUCGUACCCCGGGUUGUGCAGUUCACCUACCGGGUGGAGGAUGCUGCAGGCAACAGUGUCCCAGGCGCAUUCACGUUGUUCCUGAAGCCUGUGGACAGCCAGCCCCCAGAAAUCACCAACAGAGGCGUCACUGUCCUGGAGGGAGAGAGCUUCACCCUCAGCAGCAACGAGCUGGCCGUCUCGGACCCUGACACAGACAUUGACCAAAUUGUUUUCCUGUUACGUUGGGGUCCCCAGCAUGGACACUUGCAGUUCUUAAAAAAGACCAUGGUCCCAGGGGACUCUUUCAGGCAAGCUGAUAUUGUCCACGGGAGUGUCUCUUACCAGCACCACAGAGAGCAGACAGCCAGGGACACCCUGCAUCUCGAGGUGAGUGACGGGGUGCACCAAAUCCCCAUCACUGUCCAGAUUGCUGUGCACGCCACCGCGGAUGACAGAAGCCCCAGGAUCUCAAUUACAGGGAGCCCAUUAUUACAUGUUUCCGUGGAUGUGUUAGAGAACAGAACCACGCAGAUCACCAUGGGCACCAUCCGCGACAAAAAGAAGGGCACAGGGCACUCGAUGCUGUCUUUCAUUGUGGAGGACACCCCCAAACUGGGCACCCUUCUGGUGAAUGGCAUCCCCACAGAACGAUUCACCCAGGAGGACCUCAUCAGCGGGGCCGUGGUCUACGCGCACACCGGGGUUGAGCCGGGUCUACAGCAGCAGCGUGAUGCCUUCAGCCUUGUGCUUUCCAGGAAUUCUUAUCAGUGGGUGGUGGGUGACAGCAUAGUAGAGAGAGUGCAGGUACAGGUGGUUGUACUGCCUGUGGAUAACGUGGCCCCCGAGGUCUUGGUGGGGGAACCCUAUGUUGUUGAUGAAGGUGGAAGGAAUGCCAUGACCUUACAGCAUCUCAGCGUUGAAGACGCAGACACGCCCCAAGAUGAAAUCCUGUGCGUGCUGACUAGUCAGCCAACCUCGGGUUACCUGGAAAACAUCGCGCCAGCUCCUGGCUCCGCGGUGUCCCAGGCUGGCAGCCCCAUCAGUGCCUUUUCCCUUAGAGACAUCCGCAUGAGGCACAUCAAUUACGUGCAGAGUAUCCACAAGGGGGUGGAGCCACAGGAAGACCAAUUUACCGUGUAUUGCUCCGAUGGCAUCAACUCCUCCCCCCAUGUCUUCUUCCCUAUAGUCAUCCUACCCACCAAUGAUGAGCAGCCUGUGCUUUUUGCCCACGAGUUUGUGGUCCUGGAGGGGCUGAGCCUGGUCAUUGACACCCCACUGCUCGAUGCAGCAGAUGCCGACUUACCACCAAGUGACCUGCACUUUCAGCUCACAGCCCUCCCCCAGCACGGACGGAUCCUGCAGCAGCUGGCCACCGGCAGUCAGCCCGUGCACAGAUUCUCCUUACGGGAGAUCCAGGAGGCCUCCACCAUCGUGUAUGAGCACGACGACUCUGAGACCACAGAGGACAGUUUCCAGGUCUGGCUGAGCGACGGCAAGCACACUGCCCACAGGACAGUGCCCAUCGUGGUGAUCCUGGUGGAUGAUGAAACACCCCUGCUGAGCAUCAAUGACGGGCUGCAAGUUGAGGCCGGCCACACUGAGGUCAUCACCAAUCAGGUCCUCAAGGCCACAGAUCUUGACUCUGAUGAUAAGAGCCUCAGUUUUAUCCUCCGUGUGGGGCCGCAACAAGGGCUUCUGCAGCGCCUGAGAAAAGCUGGUGGGGCCGUGAGGAACAACUUCACGCUGGGGAUGAACUUUACCCAGGAUGAGAUCGACAGAGGCCUCAUCUGUUACAUCCACGUGGGCCAAGCAGGAGUGACUGACCUUAUUAAAUUCGACGUGACUGAUGGGGUUAACCCUUUGGUAGAUCAAGAUUUCCACAUCACGAUCGGAAGCUUAGAUCGAGACUCUCCUGUGCUGCUCAGCCAAAGGGUCACCUUGACAAAAGGUGGCAGGGUGACCCUCACCCCAGACCAGCUUGGCACCCAUGACAUCAACAGCCCUGACGAGCAGCUUUACUUUAGCGUCACUCGGGCUCCACACCUGGGGCACCUGGAGAGUUCACAGCAUCCUGGGAAACCCGUGGCCACCUCUGCUCAGCUGCCGUUGGCUGGCAACAAAAUAGUCUAUGCCCACACUUCCAAUGAUGAGAUAAAAAUGGACAGCUUUGAAUUCCAAGUGACCGAUGGGCACAGCACUGUGUCCCGAACUGUCAAGAUCAUCAUUGCAGAUGGAGAUAGAAAGAAACCUCUCUUGAUCAUCCAUAAACUCAGUCUGCAAAAGGGGAGAAGCAAACUGAUCACCCCCCUUGAGUUGACGGUCAAAGACAAGGACACUCCAGAUGAUCUCCUUCUCUUUGCCAUUGCCCAAGCCCCCACCCAUGGCAGGAUAUUGCGUAACGGAAGCCAUCCUGUGACCACCUUCACCCAGCACGACCUGAACAAGAACCUGAUCAGCUACUGGCAUGACAACAGCGAGACGACAGAAGACAGCUUCUCCUUGACCGUGACAGAUGGCGCCCACGCCGGCUUCCAUGUCUUCCCAGACACUGCCCUGGAGACGCACGAACCUCAGGUCAUGAGGAUCCACAUUAGCUCAGAAGACCAGCGGCUUCCCCAGAUGUCCGUUAACAAGGGGGCCCAUGUCUUAAAGCACCUUAACACUGGACACAUGGGCUGCCUGAUUACCAGCGAGACUCUGAAGGCCGAGCACCAGGACAGUCCCCAGGGGCUCCUGAAGUAUAAAGUGACCAGAGCACCGGGUCACGGCGUCAUCAUCAAUACUGGCCCUGGAAGCCAAAGCACGCUGGUGUUCACACAAGCCGACGUCAAUGAGAUGAGAAUCUUCUACAUCUUGGACGAGGGCAGCAAUGCAACCCAAGACAUCUUCUACUUCUCUGUGGAGGACAGCGGGGGAAAUAAGUUAACAAAUCAGCCCUUCCAUCUAUUCUGGGCUUGGAUCUCCUUGGAGAAAAGCUACUACAUUGUGGAUGAAGACGCUGUGGUCCUCAAAGUGAGCCUCACGCGCAGAGGGUACCUUGGAGAAGCAUCCUUCAUCAGCAUUGUAACCAAAGACGAAACUGCAAGGAAAAAUAAAGAUUUUAAAGGGAAGACCCAGAAACCCAUCCGGUUUGGUCCUGGACAGACUGCAGCCACAUGGAGCGUGAGAAUCCUACCUGACAAUGAGUAUGAGGCUUCUGAGACCUUCCAGAUCCUUCUGUGGGACCCUCUCAUGGCUGCCCUGGAGUUUCCGGAAAUGGCCACUGUUGAAAUCGUAGACCCUGGAGACGAAUCAACAGUUUAUAUUCCGGAGGCAGAAUACAGAGUAGAGGAAGCUGCAGGGGAGCUACUGAUUCCUGUGAGACGGUCUGGGGACGCGAGUCAGGAGCUGACGGUCGUGUGCUCCACACAUCAAGGCUCUGCCACAGGGACACUUCCUUCCUCAGCGUCCUCCUUUUCUGACUACAUCUCACGUCCAAAAGACCACACUAGCAUCCUCCACUUUGACAAGGACGAGGUUGAGAAGACCUGCCGGGUCCUGAUCAUCGACGACUCCCUCUACGAAGGAGAGGAAUCCUUCAGGGUCUCCCUGGGCCUGCCGGCGGGAGGGCAGGUGGGAGCCAAGUUCCCCACCGCCCAGGUGGUGAUCCUGCCCGAUGGUGAUGAUGAGCCUGCUCUGCACUUCGCCGACGCGGAGUACCACGUGGAGGGACGCACCGGCGCCGUGGCCGUCCGCGUCCUGCGGACAGGUCCGGACCUCUCCAGAGCGGCCUCCGUGACCGUGCGGUCGGGGAAGACGGAGCCCGGCUCUGCACAAGCUGGAGUCCAUUACGUCGGCAUCAGCCGAAACCUGGACUUUGCUCCAGGAGUGCAGGUGGCGCUACUGCAAGUGACCAUCCUCGAUGACCCAGGAGAGCCCGUCCCGGAAGGCUGUAAGAGAUUUGAGCUACUUCUGCAGAAGCCUGUGGGCUCAGUGCUUGGAGAACCGGAUAAAACCACCGUCGUCAUCCACGACACCCUCCCUGACUACACGCAGAGAAGGGAAUGUGGACUCAACAGUGGUCCCAUGCCGCCACAGGUGCCUGCCAGUGUCCACACCGUGGUGGACAGUGUGGACCCCAGUGUGGACCAUGAUGAUUAG